AUGGGUCUCUUCUGCACAAUGCUAUCGCUGACACGCCUCGGUCGCCCUGUCAGUGCACUAACACUGACUCGCAGUGAAAGGCUACCCAGCGUGAGUUCAGCCAAACGCUCCGUCCUCACCACCAGUGCCAAGUUCAAGAAGUUCCCCACGGAAGCGGAGGCGAAGGCGUUCGUUGCCAGCGGCACUCCUCCGACGUUCGUUCCUCCGAAUGCUUCUGCUGCCUCCUCCUCUGGUCACGGACACGGAGGAGCGCUUAUGAGCGGCGUCGCAAAGGUGACCACGGCAGGCGGAGGAGCGCCGCCGUAUGUGGUGCGCUCGGUCUCAAGAGGCCCCCCUCACCCGCUCACAUACAAAGGCUUCAAGGUUCACAAGGGACAUUUUGUUGUUUAUACGGACGGCUCAUCACUGGCGAACGGUACCAAGGGAGCGGCCGCGGGUGCCGGCGUCUACUAUGGACACUCUGGAGAAGCCAAAGAGUUGAACGUCGCUGAGCGCGUAAGCGGACCGGUGCAGACGAACAACAGGGGCGAAUUGCUUGGGACGAAAGGAGGCCCGUCGGCGGUCAAGCUGACUGUCCAGAGCAUCAUCAUCGCGCUCGAGAAUGACCCAUACCCAAAGUUUCCGAUGGAGAUCCGGACGGACUCGCAGUACUCGAUCCAGUACCCGCUCACACCAGGCAUCACCAAAUGGGCGCCAAGCUGGAUCGCGCGCGGAUGGAAGACGGCCUCGGGCCAGGCCGUCAAGAACGUCGACAUGAUCCGAUACUUGCUGCACCUGGUCUCCAGCCGCAAGGCCCCCGUACGCCUGUCGUAUGUCCGAGGCCACAUUGGCGAGGCGGGCAAUGAGGCUGCGGACCACCUCGCGCGCACGGGGGCUGCUCGUCCUCUGCCUGCGAAGGAGAGGAGCUACGAAGUUAAGGAGAAGGUCGAUGAAAAGGUUGAGGAUAUUGGAACCAGCGUCGAGGUCGACGAGAGCUGUCUCAUGUCUGAGGAAGAGCUGAGGGAGCUCGAGCGCGAACUUGCGGAAGACUCAUAG